AUGGCUCACCAAUCGUUAUCGAGGGUUUCUAAUAAUCCUACUACGCAAGGCUUUCAUAACUUUCGUCUUGGAACUUCGGACCAUCCCACCGGUCCUCAACUGGAUCCUCUUCUUCGAAUUGCAUUUUUGGAGUAUCAGGUUGCUAAUUUGAAAUCUGAAAAUACUUAUCUCCAUUCUCAGGUUAUAAAGUUACAGCAUCAGGCGGACGAAUUAAAGAAUCAAGUGGACGAACUACAGAAUCAAGUUGAAGUUCAACAAAUUGCUAGUUCUAUUUCCAAUGAGAAAUUUUUUGAAGAAAUUAUUUCUUUACAGAUGGAUGAUUCUCUGUAG